AUGCCCGACUCUCAGCUCAGCACUUCCAUCAUUGCGAUGUGCCAAAACACCGAAGCCAUAUCAUACAUGAUCACCUAUGGCUUCGUCGCUGUCAUCAGCACAAGGGUGUCCAACGAGCCGGGAGCCCGGAACAUCGCCAACGCCAAGAAGGCGCUCACCGUGUCGCUGGCGCUGUCCCUGAUGCUGGGGGUGGCGUUCCUGCUGCUUCUGGGCCUUGACCACGACCUCUUGGUGCGCCUCUUCACCACCAGCGAGGCCGUGGUCAGCGCCUUCGCCUCCAUGACGCCGCUGCUCAUCGGCUCCGUCGUGCUGGACUCCACGCAGGGGGUGCUCUGCGGCGUCGCCAGGGGCUGCGGGUGGCAGCACCUGGCGGCGUGGACCAACCUGGUGGCCUUCUAUGUCAUCGGCUUGCCGCUCGCCACCCUCUUCGGAUUCACGCUCGGCUUCCAAACCAAGGGGCUGUGGAUGGGGCAGAUAUGCGGCCUCCUCUGCCAGAACUGCGUCCUCUUUUCAUCACCCUGCGAACCAACUGGCAGGAGUUAG